AUGGCUGGCCGGCUAUUGGCAACAACAAACCACAACAUGUCCUUAGAUGUCGACUUUUAUCGACCGGAUCCUUUUCUCUCUCGCACCUACCCACCAUCACAGGCGGUCUCGGACGUCCAAGACAAUGCACACGUGCCGUUAUUUCUCCGAUUAGCACUACCACCAAUUACUGUCGUGCUCGAUGGCUCCAUGUCUCAACACCAGAGUGGCACCAGCACCAGCACCAGCACCAGCACCAGCACCACGCCCGUGCCGUCACAACGCCGCGCCGCGCCGCCGCUGGACAAGUCGCCCGUGUCUCAGGGAAAGCCGGACCCCCCAACCGCCGCCCAAGCGCCCGUGAGGACAUGGCCUGGCCGAGGGGGUCCUUUCGCGACGAAAUAUGCGUGUACGGCUUUACCGCCUCGCUACAUGGACGGGCCGUGCUCGAGUUCCAUUACGGCCCGGAACGACAAAUAUAACCCGGCAAGGUUUUCGCAUGUGACUUGCACGGUGACGCCCGUGCUGGAGGUGGACGACGAGGCGGCUGACGGCAAGGCCGAAGCGGAGGCCGAAGCGGCGAUGAAAGAUCGCAUUGCGCAGUGGAGGAGGCGGAGGCGGCAGCGGAACGUUGUCCUGCAAUAUAAACGGGCGAUUGUUCGAAGGCGGGGGCAAGUGCCGGAGGACGUCGGUUCGGGAGGGAUUCCAGGUCAGAAGAAAAGCGAUCGGAAAGGCGAUACGGCGUUGCCUGAUGGUUCGCCGACACCGUCAUCGGCGAAGUCGGGGGCUGCCCCGGUCAUGACUGCCGACCCGAACCCGUACCACCACCACCACCACCGUCACCACCGUCACGACGUAGACGAGGGAUUCUGCGAGGAAAGUGAGGAUGCGCAUCCGAUGUUGCCCUCGCUGGAGGAAAUAUACCAGGCUACCGGGGCGUCGAGGUCUCGUUAUCCUGCACUGCCCAGACAUCGGGAUCGGGUGCUUGAAGAUAGGUCGACGACGGAGGAAAAGGCCGGGUCCAGACCAUGGAUGCGGUGCACCAUUGGGUUAAAUGAGAGCGGUGGGACGGGAAGUUUCCAGCGGCGUGCGAAGCAAAGCGACAUUUCACAGCGACAUUUCACGGCGACAUUGAUGGGCAUUUCUAUUCCCUGA